CGAAAACAAAAAAUUAAAUUUUGUCAAGUAUCAUAUGAACAAUAACGUUGUCAGUGCAAAUCCACCAACAAAUCAUUCGCAUCAGAAUUCUCCAAUUACAAAUGGUGGGACUCAGGGUAACGAUGUUUCUCAACAUCAGCAACAUCACGUUUAUUCGCAUAACGUAGGUGGAAUUGGACAACAAGAACAUCAUUCGCAAUAUUCUGUGCCUCACAAUUCGCAUCGUUUUGCGCAUAGAGAUGGACCGGCAACUAUAAACCUUCCACCUGGUACGCGCAUUCAGCCUGCUAUGAUUCCUGAUUCGACUCAAGUUGCAAAUGUUCAACAGCAGCAGGAUUUGGCUGCUGCAAUGUAUGGGAUGUAUCAAAAUGCUAAUAAUCCUCAAACUGGUUUUGCUAUGCAGCAGAGUGGGUAUCCUAAUCAACAAUUAGCAACAUCUGGAGGUCAUUAUUAUUAUACUGCACCUGCUGGUCAAUAUUAUACCAAUACAGCUGGAUAUCCUGUAACUCAACAGACUCUAAUUAUGCCACAGCCUCCGGCGCCUGCUUAUCAAAUUCUGAGUCAACCGGUUAUUCCAUCUAGCACCCAUGCUACGCAGCAGCUUAUUUCUUCGAGUGGAAGUGGUAUUCAACCACAGAAUGUUAAUGUUUCUAUUGGAAUGCCGGCGACUGCUGUUUCUAUGCCACAGAGCAAUGUUAUUGUUUCAAACGCUGGAGGAACUUUGUCCUCAGCUAAUGCUCCAACCACACAAACACAGCCUCAGAAAGCGAAAAGGAUUUUGGCAAUUGUUAAUCCAGAUAGUGGAGAGUCUUUGAAGUUAGGACCGGAUACAAGACCAGCUACUUCUAUUGGUUCAUCAGCGGCCUCCGAUGAGGAAACUAAAUCAACAAUCGUUAAGACUGACUUCUUCAGAAAAAUUGCAGAACGUGCUCAUGAUGCUGGUUCUGUGCCACCACAGCAAACUAAUCGACGUUCGCCUUCCUCUUCUGCUGGUAUGAUGGCUAAUGAGGCUAUGAACCAAGCAUUGUUAGAACAGCAGCGUCAUUUGCAUACAACUGGUUCAAUUCCAAUCAUUCAGAAAGGGUCGCAAGCAAACACAGCUGGUUUCUCUGAACCAACACAUUCGCCACAGUUUCCAUACUUGUUGCAUCCUCCAAAUUUUGUUAACAGCGUUUCAUCUCCGAUUCCUAUUGAACAGCAUUCAAUGCCAAUAAAUCAUCAACAUUCACCGCAUAAUUUGCCUUCUAUCUUGGAGCUUAAUAUCAAAAAUCCAUCGCCUAAAAAUGAAGAAGACCAACUUAAAUUUGUUCGAACGAGUCCGUCACUUUAUGUUGAUGAACAAAGAGUUCGAUUGCCUGAAUCAGAUGAACAUGGAAAACAUGCAAAUAAAGCAAUAGUAGAUAUUUUUUCUGGACAGGAAGUUGAUGGUGGACAGAGUCCUUCGCCAACUGAAAUUAAUGAUGCCAAAACUUCCGAAGAAAAAAUUAGCGAAUUAGAAGAGGCGAUGGCAAAGUUUGAUGGAAUUCGUGAUGACACACAUAAUCUUGAUGAAAUGAUUUAUAGCCGUUCUUUCCUCAUGCUUCUUCGAAAAGUCGCACGUGCAAUAAAAACUGUUGAAUGUCCCAGAUCUGAGCAGGAACUUGAGGAGUUGGGGUUAAGCAAGAAGGGGAUGGUUGUUAAUCAGUUAUCGAUUGGAUCGAAACCUAAAGUACUUGUUUCUUUUUGUAAUUUUUUAUCUGUUUUUCAAAGCGGUUUGAGGCUGCUGGUGGUGAUUUCAAGCCUUCAUGGCAGCAUCAAGGAGGGGGUGGUAAUGCUCAAUUUGGAGCUACUAAUCAAUUCGGUGGGGGAUCACGGUUCGGUUCUACUCGCCCGCCAAAUUAUGACUGAUACUUUACCUAAAAAGUCUGCUAAUGCUUGGAAAUCAAAACGUGAAGAACGUUUUGAUAUGAAUGCGCCUGUUAAAGAUGAGGAAGAGGCUCGACAUGAUCUUUCUGAUGAAUUCUGUGCCUAUAAAUUUAUUGAAGACACUAAACUUCUGACUCCAGUUAUUGAUUUGAUUUUUGAUAAAGCUGUAGAAGAGCCACAUUUUUGUCCUCUUUAUUCUGAUUUGUGCAAAAAACAGGUUGAUGUCGAGCGCCAAAUGUAUUUACAGCGUGAUAAAACACCCGAUAAACAGUCUGAUAAAGCUGAGAUCAUUACAAAAUCUCAACGUACUUUUCUUGCUUCUGAUGAGUAUGACAAUAAAGUAAAAGAAUUAACAGAAAAAUUAGAGACUGCAGAUGAUAAGACUCGUGUAUUACUCGAAGAAGAACUCGAAACUCGUCGUUCUAAAGAAAAACGUCGACUUUUGGGAAUUAUAAAAUUUAUUGGACAAUUAUAUCGACAUCAAUUGCUUAUUGAAACGAUUAUUGAUUGGUGUGCUGUUGAAUUGGUGCGUAGAUUCGAAGCAACACAUGAUGAAGUUUAUAUUGAGUAUGCUGUGGAGUUGAUCGAAACAGUUGGAAAAAAUUAUGAAAAGCGAACAGAACAAGAAGGCCCAGGAAUGCGCCAACUUCAACAGCCGAAGACUUCAGCUCAGAUUAUAUCUGGUGAAAAGCAGCAGGAACAAUUUCGUUUGGAUAUGGUUGUUUCUCAUUUGAGUCAACUCAAACCUAAAGUCUCCAAUCGAGUUCGUUUUGCAAUAAUGGACCUCGAAGAUUUGAAAAAGAAUCGUUGGGUGCCUCGUGGAGGCGAAAAAGGUCCAAAAACAAUUAAUGAAGUAAGGGAAGAGGUGGAAAAGGAGCAACAAGUAAAUGAAUUGGAACGAAUUGCACACGAAAAGCAGCAGGAUAAAGUCCAGCUUUUGCGGAAACCAAAUACUGGUCGAACUGGUUACGGAGGUAGAAGUUCGGCUGAUAGGCGUCAAGCUGCGGCAGCCAGUUCUUUGUAUCCACGCGACAGCAAAACUGAAAGUCGCAUUUCUUCAGCAAGACUUUCGGAGCUUGAUAAAGAGAGUAGUGUAAAGAAACCAGCUUGGAGGCAAGAUACUAGUAAAAGCGGUGGCCAUUCAACUACGGGAGGUGGCGAGGCUUGUAAGAUUUUUAUUUCUUUAAAUAAUUUUUUAAAAAUUUAUUUUUAA